AUGGCUAUGGUGGAUUUUCAGCCUAGGCUAAGGGACACGCCGUCACCUAAAUCACCUACGCCCACCUUCAACCAAGUACUGAAUGGCACAGCGCCCGCUCCCUACUCCCAGACCAACUUCAAAGACUUUUUGAGCAAGUGCCACUGCUUGGAGAACCUAGAGUUCCACAAUGACACAAUGCUGUUGUGCAAGCGCAUCGAGCAGUUAAAGGCUGCCGAGGAAGAGAAACAUAAUUUGUCCACCACUAAUGAAGAUGUCCCCUCAUUAUCAGACUUGCUAUUCGAGUUCAAAUGUCUGGUGUCCAGCUACAUUGAGAUUGACUCGCCAAAAGAGAUCAACAUUCCUAGCAAGUACAGGAACGAACUCCUGCAAACCGCCCAACAAGAAACCCUCCCUUGCCCCCAUGUCCUUUCUACACUGAUGAACAUUGUGGAACGGUAUUUGCAUGAUAGUUUUAUCCAUUUCGUCAGCCAGACCUCAUCACUGAACAAUCUGAGCUCAUUUCAGAAGGUUCCUUCACUGGGCGUAGAGGGCCUAGACCCUCUGGAAGACGACUUUGUCAACUUGCAUGUUUACUCUUCGGAUAACGAGAUGGAGGGGCAGACUAUGUAUGAGAACGACGCGGUUUUCAACAGCUCUACCAAUCUCAACUUCAAACGGAACUCGUCGGUUUCUACAUCUGCAUCUAGCCGUCCGUCGUUUGGCACUAUCAUUGGCUCAUUCAAGUCUAGCACAAAGAAAUUCAAGUGGCGGCGCUCGUCAUCUACAGGUAGUGAGGAUCUUCAGUGA